AUGGCUAUUGCUUCUGCGUUCAAGGCUUUAUGUUUGUCUUUGUUGUUCGUUGCCGCUGCAAGUCAUCCAACAGUCAGGUCAAAGGUUUUCAACGUUCGACGUUAUGGUGCUAAAUCUGAUGGAAAAACUGAUAACGCAAAUGCUUUCACAAAUGUAUGGAAAAGUGCAUGCGCAAGAAAAAGUGGAAAUAGUAAAAUCUACGUACCGAAAGGAACAUUCUAUCUCGGUGGUGUAGAGUUCGUUGGUCCAUGCAAAAAUCAAAUUGAGUUCGUCAUCGAUGGAACUUUAAUGGCUCCAUCAAACCCUAAAGACAUUAAGCAAGACACAUGGAUCAACUUUAGGUACAUCAACUAUCUCUUUAUCUCUGGUUCUGGUACACUCGAUGGCCAAGGAAAGCAGUCUUGGCCACUUAAUGACUGCCACAAAAACACCAAUUGUCCUAAACUAGCUAUGACUAUGGGAUUUGCAUUCGUGAACAACUCAAGAAUCAAUGGGAUAACAUCACUCAACAGCAAAAUGGGACAUUUCAACUUCUUCUCCGUCCAUCACUUCAACAUUACCGAUGUCACUAUAACAGCUCCCGGCGAUAGCCCCAACACCGAUGGUAUCAAGAUGGGUUUAUGUAGCAACAUUCACAUCUCCAAUACACAAAUCGGUACUGGAGACGAUUGUAUCGCUAUUCUCUCGGGAUCCUCUAACCUUGAUAUCUCUAACGUGAAUUGUGGUCCUGGACAUGGAAUCAGUGUCGGAAGCUUAGGAAAGAACAAAGACGAGAAAGAUGUUAAGGGUUUAACGGUACGAGACACGAUUUUUAAUGGCACAAGUGAUGGUAUUCGGAUCAAGACUUGGGAAUCUUCAGCUUCGAAGAUCGUUGUUUCUAACUUUGUUUACGAGAAUAUUCAAAUGAUUAACGUUGGAAAACCGAUCAACAUCGAUCAAAAAUAUUGCCCUCACCCGCCUUGUGAAAAGAAUGGAGAAUCUCACGUUCAAAUUCAAGACCUUAAGUUAAAGAACAUAUAUGGAACGUCGACGGAGAAAGUUGCAAUGAAUUUGCAAUGUAGCAAAAGCUUUCCGUGCAAGAAUGUUGAGCUAAUUGACAUUAACCUAAAGCAUAACGGAGUCAAAGGUGGUCCUUCCACUGCAGUGUGCGAGAAUAUUAACGGUUCGGCACGUGGGAAAAUGGUUCCUCAGCAUUGUCUGAAUUGA